AUGACUAAAGAGGACUGCCGCAUUACGACGUUUUACUCCGAGGAUGAUCCUUUGAAGUGCAUCUACGCUGUCAUUCACGAGGUGGGACACGGCAAAUACGAGCAGAACAUGGGGCCGCGUCAACUGAUUACGCAACCCGUCUGCACAGCCCGCUCUUUUGGUGUGCACGAAAACCAGUCUCUCUUCGCCGAGUUCCAGCUUGCACGCGCAAAGCCCUUUUUUGAGUUCCUUCAGUCCAAACUCGAGGCCCACCUCGGCCCUCAGCCGGCCUUUAACCUGGAGAACCUCAUUUGUGCCGUUCGUAAGGUGAAGCCGAACUUUAUCCGUCCUGGCUCGAAUGAGGUCUGUUACCCGUUGCACGUCAUCCUGCGCUAUGAGAUCGAACGUGAUCUUGUGGAUGGGACACUGCAGCCCGAGGAGGUGCCCAGUGUGUGGAAUGCAAAGAUGAAGGAAUAUUUGGGGAUCGAGACGACCGGCCGAGACGACCUGGGCUGCCUCCAGGACGUUCACUGGUCGAAAGGCUCCAUUGGGUACUUCCCGACGUACCUGAUUGGGGUGUUGCUCGCGGCGCAGCUCAUGGCAACGAUCCGUACGGAACUCGGCGAGGAGAAACUGUUUAAAUGCCUUCAGACAGGCGACCUGGAGUGCAUCUUGGCGAAGCAAAAAGAAAAGAUUUGGGACCAUGGCAGCCUCUACACGACCGAUGAACUUGUAGAGAGGGCGACAGGGGAGAAGCUGAAUCCAGAAUACCUCCACAAACAUCUUGUCUCUCGCUACCUUGAAGAUAUGAACUGA